AAAGAAGUAGAGAUUAUGAUGGUUAUGAUGAAAACACAAGGCAAAAUAAAUUCAAAAACUACAAAACAGUAGCCCUAAAAACCCUUUCUAAUUCUCAAAACUUAAACCAAGCCUUCCUAAAAGAAUUAACUCUCUACAAAAUGUUCAAAAGUGAAGUAAGCAAUAUGGUUCCUUGUUAUGGGAUUUCUAAGAAUUUAGAGGGGAAUUAUAUAAUGGUUAUGGAGUAUAUGAGUGAGGGAAAUUUAAGGGGUAAACCAAUAAAUACCAAAGAAAUCACCACUAAAUUACAAGAAUAUUAUGCUAGUGGAGAUUUAGAAUUAAACUUGGAUAAACUUAAUAUUCAAGAUGAACAGGGAGAAGGUUCUCUCCAAUCCCACAUCCAAAUCCCCCCCAAAGAUUCAGAAGAGUUAUUAAAAGAAGACGUUCUAAGCAAAAAUGAAGGAGAGGCGAAUAAAGAAAUUCAAGAAAUAAACAAAGAAUUAGAAAAAGUGGAAAAACAACUCCGAUCUUAUUACGAAAAUUCCGAAACGGGUCUUAAAGAAACAAUAAAAGA